UUGUCUUGGUUGGAUGCACAAAUCUGUGUGCAGUGCUUUUUGCCCGUUGCCUAGACGAUCACUUGGUUUCUCUGAGGAUGUCUGGUUCUCGUAAAGAGUUUGAUGUGAAGCAGAUUUUGAAAAUCAGAUGGAGGUGGUUUGGCCAUCAAGCGUCAUCUCCUAAUUCUACAGUUGACAGCCAGCAGGGAGAAUUUUGGAAUCGAGGACAGACUGGAGCAAACGGUGGGAGAAAGUUUUUAGAUCCAUGUAGCCUACAAUUGCCUUUGGCUUCAAUUGGUUACCGAAGGUCCAGCCAACUGGAUUUUCAGAAUUCACCUUCUUGGCCAAUGGCAUCCACCUCUGAAGUCCCUGCAUUUGAGUUUACAGCAGAAGAUUGUGGCGGUGCACAUUGGCUGGAUAGACCAGAAGUGGAUGAUGGCACUAGUGAAGAAGAAAAUGAAUCUGAUUCCAGUUCAUGCAGGACUUCCAACAGCAGUCAGACAUUAUCAUCCUGCCAUACUAUGGAGCCAUGUUCAUCAGAUGAAUUUUUCCAGGCCCUUAAUCAUGCUGAGCAAACAUUUAAAAAGAUGGAAAACUAUUUGAGACAUAAACAGUUGUGUGAUGUAAUUCUAGUUGCUGGUGAUCGCAGAAUUCCUGCUCAUAGAUUGGUGCUCUCCUCUGUCUCAGAUUAUUUUGCUGCCAUGUUUACUAAUGAUGUCAGGGAAGCAAGACAAGAAGAAAUAAAAAUGGAAGGUGUAGAACCGAAUUCACUAUGGUCCUUGAUUCAGUAUGCAUAUACAGGCCGCCUUGAAUUAAAAGAAGAUAAUAUUGAGUGCCUGUUGUCUACAGCCUGCCUUCUUCAGCUUUCACAGGUUGUGGAAGCAUGCUGUAAGUUUUUAAUGAAACAGCUUCACCCAUCCAACUGUCUUGGAAUCCGUUCUUUUGCUGAUGCCCAAGGUUGUACAGAUUUGCAUAAAGUGGCUCACAAUUAUACUAUGGAGCAUUUCAUGGAAGUCAUUCGAAAUCAAGAAUUUGUAUUAUUACCAGCCAGUGAAAUUGCAAAGCUCUUGGCCAGUGAUGACAUGAACAUUCCUAACGAAGAGACAAUAUUGAAUGCCCUUCUUACUUGGGUCCGUCAUGAUUUGGAACAAAGACGGAAAGAUCUCAGUAAACUUUUGGCUUAUAUUAGGCUACCUCUUCUUGCACCACAGUUCCUGGCUGACAUGGAAAAUAAUGCACUUUUUCGGGAUGAUAUAGAAUGUCAGAAACUUAUUAUGGAAGCAAUGAAGUAUCAUUUAUUACCAGAGAGACGACCCAUGUUACAAAGUCCUAGGACAAAACCAAGGAAGUCAACUGUUGGUACAUUAUUUGCAGUUGGAGGAAUGGAUUCAACAAAAGGAGCAACAAGCAUUGAAAAGUAUGAUCUUCGUACAAAUAUGUGGACUCCUGUAGCAAAUAUGAAUGGGAGGAGGCUGCAGUUUGGUGUUGCAGUGUUAGAUGACAAACUGUAUGUGGUUGGAGGAAGAGACGGGCUGAAGACUUUGAACACUGUAGAAUGCUACAACCCCAAAACAAAAACUUGGAGUGUAAUGCCUCCUAUGUCCACACACAGGCAUGGCCUUGGUGUGGCCGUAUUGGAAGGUCCCAUGUAUGCAGUAGGAGGGCAUGACGGCUGGAGCUAUCUGAAUACGGUGGAAAGAUGGGACCCUCAGGCUCGCCAGUGGAAUUUCGUUGCCACCAUGUCCACCCCGAGGAGCACAGUAGGUGUGGCAGUACUAAGUGGAAAACUUUAUGCAGUUGGUGGUCGUGAUGGAAGUUCUUGUCUCAAAUCAGUAGAAUGUUUUGAUCCUCAUACUAACAAAUGGACGCUCUGUGCACAAAUGUCAAAAAGGAGAGGGGGAGUAGGGGUGACCACCUGGAAUGGAUUGCUGUAUGCUAUCGGAGGACACGAUGCUCCCGCAUCCAACCUGACUUCUAGACUCUCAGACUGCGUAGAGAGAUAUGAUCCUAAAACAGAUAUGUGGACUGCAGUGGCAUCGAUGAGCAUUAGCAGAGAUGCAGUGGGGGUCUGCUUACUUGGUGAUAAAUUAUAUGCUGUUGGAGGGUAUGAUGGACAGACUUACCUUAAUACAGUGGAGGCUUAUGAUCCCCAGACAAAUGAGUGGACCCAGAAAAAGUUUGCCAACCUGUGCAUAGAGGAUCAUUCUUCUAUCACCUAGGAGAUGAGGCCUCCGAGAGGAAGAAAAUGAGGAAAACAACUGCAUAACAAAGAAAAUGGUAAAUCAAGGUUGAGCUUCCAAUAGCAAGAAAGUGGUUGCAAGGAGAUGGAGAGAAGAUGAAAGACUCAGGAAUGAGGCCUUCAACUAUCUCAGGCCUCCCCGCUCAGUCUCUGAUGAAGUCUUCUCUGAGCCUGAAGACAAUUAGGAACUCUCUUAGUAGUUGAAGCUUCUAAAUGAAAUUAGCUUAAAAGCUAAUGUUUUAUUAAAUUGCCUCAGAUUUGGUCAUUUGUUCAGUGAAAUAUAGGGAGAUUGGUUCCACUUGAUUAUGUGGCAGAUACUGUGCUAAGCACUUCAUAGAUAUGUUAAUUCAAUUAGUCUUUACAAUAGCUCUAUGAAGUCGAUAUUAUUCCCACUUAAUGGUUUGGAAACUAGCUAGUAAAUGAGCCAAAUUUAAAAACCAACCAGAUCUGUUUGACCUUAGAGCCUUUUAAAAAAUUUUUGCAAGAUUGCCACAUGGAGGUAAGUUUUAGCUGUCUUGGUUGCUUAGGAUAUGAUACAUAUUUGAUGCCAAGGUCAGAUAUUGUGACAGUGCCCUCAUCACAUCUGUGCAUUUUAAGUUUUCACUUUAAUGAACAGGAAUAGGCAAUGUAAUUCUGCCUAUUAUGUGCAUGAAUGCAUACAUACACACAUACAAAUAAGCCUUUAAUAAGUGCCUUUCUGUGGUGAGAGGACGAAAGAAGGGCAUUUUAGUAAGGAUGGCAUAUUUAAUGUCCUGGGUACAGAGAAGGAUUGUUGCUGUCAGUAGAGCGAAGAGCAGAGAUGCUGAGUAGAGCAGUAAUGAAUGGAAAUGAGAGGAUAAGCCAUUAGUAGAAAGUCAUAAAUCCAUUACUGGAAGUUUAAUGUAAUUUAAGAGAGACAAAUGCUUCAAAAUUCUAAGGAUGGGAGGAAGAUGAUUUUGUAGCUGUGAUGUAUCAGUCAGGGUCCAAUCAGGAGACAGAAACCACACAAUAAGUUGAACCGGGAAGGUUUGAUAUAAAAAAUUAUGUACUAUAACAGAGGAUUGGACUUAAGAGGGAUCAGCUGGCUAUCAAGGUCUGGGACUGACUUCUGCCCUACUUGCAAUCUAGUAAAUUAGCCUGUUAUUGUUUCAUGGAUGCUGGCAGAAGACAUGAAACUCUUGGAUCAGAGACAAAGGACUUUAUUACUCAAGGCACAGAGAGAAGUGUGAUUAUCAUGUUUGGGUCAUUCCCUUUGCCCCUCAAGUGCCACAUGAAGGAUCCUAGUUGGGGAAUCCACUGAGCUUGGGGAACCCUCUGCUUUUAUAGUAAGUAGUAGGCAACCCUGCUCUUUGCCCUCAAGGUUUCUCACUACACACAACUCUGAGAAGUGGCAGGAUGCUCAGGGACUGUAGCAGAUUGCCUCUCCCCUUCCUCUUGCAAUGUCUCCAGCACUUAACAUGAUGCCAGUUGGAAAAGGAGAAAAAGGCCCAUCUCUACUUUCACAGAGCAGGUCAUGAAAAUUUGAUUUGGAGAUGAGAAGGAAUAAAUUAGAAACUGGCAUAUAUGACUAUCAGUAGUACCAGGCACAGCUGAAUUAAGAUAUGGUUUGAAAAUAUAGAUAAAAGGAAGAGGUAAUUCGAUGCAUUUUAACAAAUCUGUGCUUGUGUGUGUGUGGUGUGUGUGUGUGUGUGUGUGUGUAGUCUCCACUGUGUGCUGAGAGCUAAGAAUCUAAAAGACAUUGUCCCUAACCUUUUAGGAAACUUAAGAAGCUCACAGGCUGGUGGGGCACAGACAACUAACCAUAAAAUAAUGUCCUAAGCAGUCUUUUAUAUCCAUGAUUUCCUUUAAAAGGGAAAAAGAUAUAACUUACAGUGAAAGAAAUAAAACACAGAAAAAUUA